AGGACGUUCCCGAGAGCCGCGCUUCCCAAAAUCCCGGACGAUGGAUUUUCGGCUUUGCGGGCAGAGCCGACGCGGAGAGGGCGGCUCUCACUCACCCGGCGCAAAUGCGCGGAGGGUGCGAGGGUCGAGGCGAGGGUUACGCGACGCCGAGCGACGCCGGGUGAACGCACACGGACGGAUGGACACGCGCCGGUAACGCAAUUACCGCGACGUUAAUUUACUCAAUAAUCGCAGAAGCAACCCCGUCUAAAUGUCGGCACGCGUCCCUCGACCCUAAUCAUAGCCGGCCGUCGUCACGCCGACGAAGAGAGAGCGAGAGAGAGAAAGAGAGAGAGAAAGAGAGAGAGAGAGAGUGAGUUUAUCGAGGAUAUGCACGAAAAGCCGAGACUUCAGAAAUUAACGAUAAAGACCGUUAAAGCAAAAGAUUCCUCCUAUCUCUUUCCUCUUUUCCUCUCUUUCUUUUCUUCCCGUUUUUUAAGAAAUUUACGCUACUCCCUUGAUGCGAGAGGAGCACUCAUUCUAAUCGGGGAUGGCGAUUUUCUAUACGUUACACUCCGUUGAAUUUACGAAUCUACCUUGCACUUUGUGCAGCCUACAUCUACUUUGUUUCUCGUUCAUACGUGGAAUUGACGUUAGUCAUCUCGUCGAGCUGCACGAGCGCGUGUACACCGCCAUUUGGAAAGCGCCCUGCAGUGCACGCGAUCCGCUAAGUAAUUUAAUCCCGCGUUUCCGCUCGUCCUCUCAUCCAAGAUUCAAUACCGAUAUAUACGGCGGUACGCGGGGCGCAGGGGUUUAUCCAUCGCGCGUCGAGGAACUUGAUUGCGACGGAUCUCGGAAGCGAGAGGAGGGAAAGCGAGCGCGACGACGUCGAUUCCGGGCGCGAGGAGGGGAUCGUGUUCCGGUGGAGUAGCGACACUUUCGAAAUUAGAGCCUUAGCUACGAGAUAAAGAGACGGGAGAGAGAAAUGGGUUUUCAAAUACUCGGAACUCGGGAAUCGUCGCGCGUCGCGGGCACGUAUAGCGGCGGGCUACGCCGCGCCGCGCCGCGCCGCGACGCUACGGCGGCGGGAAGGGGUGGCUUUUCGAAAGCGACGGUUUUCGCAACGUACUCUUACAUAUACAUGCUUGCACUUCGCAUUAUUAUCUACGUGCGAGAGCGCGACAGAAUGGAGAGGAAUCGCGAAUACAGAAGGAUCGGUCCUCCCCCUCCCCCCCUCCGACCCCUCAUCCUUGCUCACUCUCCCUCCGCGGCCCUCCUCCAUCGCCGCCGCCUCCUGGGGGCGCGCGGGACGUGGCGCGCCGUCCGAUUCACGAAUACCCGAGCGCGUGUCCAUGGAAACGGGUGGCCGAGUCCCGCCCCUGGGAUCUUUGCGGAGCCAACCCGGACGACGGCGAGCGUCGCGACGCCGGCCAAUGCGGGCGCCGGGUCGGCCUCGGAUAUCCUGCUCGGAUCCCAAGCCGCGUCGCUUUUCCACCACCGGAGUACGGAUACGCCGCCAGCUGGCGGGAGGAGCUGCCGAUGAUCGCGUCGCGCGGGGGUUGAAUUGCCCCGAAUCGCGCCGCGCGCUCGCCGAUACGAGCCGCUGACAAACGACAAACUCGGUGAACUCGGCGACGAAAGACAGUGAGCGAUAGACAACGUCUCUCGCGCGAUUCACGACGACGACGACGACGACGACGUGGUCAAUUCGCGGUUCCGUCGAGGGGGUGAACUCGUGCGAGACGCGCGACGUCUAUAAAUCAGCCGAGCUCAGAUUGGCCGCCGCCAAGAGUGAUCUCGCGCGACGGGGGAGGAAAGUGAUCGGUUCCGCGAGAGUGCCGCGAGAGAUUUCUCUUUCAGCGCUCUGCCCGCGACCGCUUCGCGUAGCCGUCGCGUCGUAAACAACAACCCCCUGGAGGGAUCCCUGAAUCCCGGAUCCUCGCCUGGUGACCGCGAGAAACGCGAGGGACAACGCGGCCUCGGGUCAUCGCGGCGGCGUCGACGAGAGUCGCCCAUCCGCGAGCGAAAGGCCCUCGCGAGGAAGUUUGGCGCCGCACCAGGAUGUAACCCGAGCCGGGGCAUGCACGCGUCGUAGCCGCGCAACGAGAGGUUGGGCCGAACGAGGAAAGAUGCAGUCGACCUGCCAGCAGCAACAAGCUCAGCCAGGCCAGAACGGUACCUCCGCCAGCAGGACGUCGUUCCUCAUCGAGGAUAUCCUCAGCCGGGGCACCGCCACCCCGCACGCCCACCAUCAUCAGCUGCACCAUCAGCACCUGACGCCGACCGCCGGCCACACGCAGCAGCACCAUCAGCAGUACCAGCAGUUCGCCAGUCUGCUGCCCGGCUAUCCCGCGGCACCGCCCGCCGCGGCGGCCUUCUUCUUGGGACCGCUCUUCGGUAGCGCUGGCAUGGGGGUCGGCGUGGUGCCGGGGGUCGGGGAACUGGCAGCCCUCAAGCAUUGCCGGCGACGGAAGGCCCGGACCGUAUUCAGCGACCAGCAGCUGGCGGGUUUGGAGGCGAGGUUCGAGGUGCAGAGAUAUCUGAGCACCCCCGAGAGGGUAGAGCUGGCGGCGGCGUUACACCUGUCCGAGACCCAGGUGAAAACGUGGUUCCAAAAUCGGCGAAUGAAGCACAAGAAGCAGCUGAGGAAGCUGAACACGGGCGGCAGCGGCAAUUCCAAUUCUUCGGGGCAGCAAUCGAUAUCCGUCACGUCGCCCGCUGAACGUCCGGUAGACUUUUCGUUGAGCGGGGGCCGCGAGUCGCGCGCGAGCAGCGACGCGCCCGCGGACUCCGACGACGAGGACGACGACGAGAUCGACGUGCUGGGCGACGAGACGCCGUCGCCAAGCGCGACGCCGACCCCGACGCCGGCACCGGCGCCGACGCCCACGCCGGGCCCAACGCCGACCUUAACGUCGCCGACGACGUCGACGACGAUCUCGACGACCCCGACGGGGUCCACGUCGUCGUCGUCGUCGUCGUUGCGAAGCGGCACCCUGCCACCACCCCUGUCGUCCAGACGCGGCACGCCGCCCAGGAUCCUCCACGCGGCGAUUCAUCCGCAUUCGCACUCGCAUCCGCAUUCUCAUCCGCACACGGUCGGCCUGCACCAUCAGCAGCCGCUGCAGCACGGCCAGCAUUCCGCCCAGCGUCAGCAUCGCUGAGACGCGACGACGAUGAGCCCGGGCGGCGCGGCGUCGCCGCUCGUCUCCUACCGGAAUCACGGCUACCACGUGUAGAGAGAGGAAAAAGAGAGAUAAUCUUCGUCUUCGUGGGUACCAGGCCCCUACCGAGAAUUUACCUUAGGCUAAAGCUCCGUUGCGUAACACGGAGAACACGGAAUUCGGCAGAGAUCGUCCCUCCACAUCCGCUCUCGAGGGACCGGCAGAAGAGAAACCAAGAGAAGAAUCCUCGCGCAUCUUCGAGCGGUAUAUUUAACGUGUGUGUGUGUGUGCGUGUGUGUGUCACACUGAAAUAAUAAUUACGAUAUUCGCAACGCAGAACGCAGGUAUCGUCGCCGGAGCGUCGCUGGAUCUUCCCUUAACGUAAAUAAGAAGGAGGAAAGAUAAGCAAGAGAAAGAAAGCAAAUGAAAUUUUGCCGGUUCCGAAAUCUCUACUUUUUAUAGCGAAAUACGGUAAAUAAGUACGGUACUUGGUCUGUUGUUACUUUUUAUAGUCAAGUGUGUAAAAAUAGGCCGUGGUUUUCGUUGAGAAUUAAACUGUCAUGCUCUGACGCGAUGUGUACACUUGUUUCUCCUCGAUUUGUCUCUUCCCAGGGUGGUUUUCUGGAAUUUCGAGUAAUCUAUCUUUGGGGAAGGGGAAAGGGGGUGAGAGAAAAGGAGAAGGAGAGAAAUCCGACGAGUUUCUUUGCAUCUAAGGAACGCGCGACUUAUGCCGCUUUCCGAAUAAACUUUUAUCUCGAUUUAACUUACACUUUUCCUAAUUCUUAGAACUAGAAGAGAGAAGAUAAAAAGUAAAACCGAGAGAUUAAAGUUAAUCGCUACAUUAGAAACAGGACGUUGCCUCUCGGACGCAACGUUUUAUGGACGCCCAUGUGGCAUCGUACAUCGGCAUUGACAUUUAAUUAAUUGCAUAGUGGAUCGCGGCGAACAACGAUCGAGUCUAUUUAUCGUCUCGUUAAUGGUCGGCGCGACAUUUCGGCUCGAAGACAUUUCCGCGGAAGUUAACGAGGCGUCGAAUCGACGACGGGAGGGACAAGGAGAUCCGCUUCGUUGACGCGUCGACUACUAUUAUUAGCCAUCAAUUAUUGAUAAUCGCUAGUAAUCGGCUGUUGACAUUUUUGAAAAAUGCUCUUUAUAAUGUAAAAUUCCGGUCGGUAAUCGGACAUAAAUAAAUAAACAGCUAGAUAACGACGUGAGAUAACAAUCGAGUAUUCCAUUACACUAAUCGUGAAGAUCUUGUUCGGAAAUAGUAGUCUCGUUUAAAAUAUAAGAUUCAUUCAAUAUUUAAAAAUAUAGGUUUUUGUUCAGUAAAGAUGUACUUUAUUUUCUCGUUGCUAGGAUGUGAAAAUCAUUCCAGGUUAAUCACGCGAUGUAUUUUAUCGUUACACGCUUACGAUGAUGAAAAAAGGACACCUGUGACGUACACGACAUUCGUUAAACAAACGACGCGUUAAGAGUAAUAAUCGGCAAUUGUGUGCGAAUGCGUUUGAUGAUUUCGCGCGGUCGCGAAAUGAUCGGCGAGAAGCAGGCGUCGUUUUUAUUGCUACCUGUUGCGGCGACAUUAGAUCGGCAAGAUCGGCAAGUGCCUGUUAAGUAAGAAAAGAGACGACAUCGCGAGAGUCGGACGACGGUAGAGAGAGAUUUUCCAACGGGCGCGCGUGUCACGGGCGGCGGGCGAGGGCGCCUGCGGGGCACGUCGUGCUUCCAGUUGGGGUGAAUCCUAAUACCCAGAUAAUGGGAAGUAAUUGCGAGGGAUCAGAGCGAGCGAAGCUACUCUGUCGGCUGUCGGGCUCGGGGGGCAGCGGGAUGCGUACGGAAAGAGAAAGAGAGUGAGAGGGGGGAGGGGGAGAAGAGAGAGAGAGAGAGAGAGAAAGAGAGAGGAUGGCGCCGCGCCACGCUUCCAUCCCUCUCCUAUAUCCCCUACCCUCUCCUCGGGCUUCCCUACUUUCCCUUCUCGCCGUCGAUUCGCGGGGGUGGAGAAAGAGAGGACGAAGAGAGGAUCGUAAUCGUGUUAUCGGGACGAAAUCACGGGGUACAUUCUCGGAUACACAUCGGAUAGAUGGAUGUAUAUACGGGGCAUCGCGACCGCGCGCGAGACCAAUCCACGCGAGAUUUACCUCUCCGACGGGAGGAAGCGAGAGAUGUCGAGGGCGGCGGAGAAGGGGAGGAGGGAAAGCGAACGUUUGUAUCGACGUCUCGCGCACGAUGACGCGUUUCGAUUCUCCAAGGAGAUUCCGCGAGAGCGGGCUCUCUUCCUCGAAACGACGUGUCGAGGUGUAAUUUUAGUGAACGAGAAACGGGCGAAAGCGCGUCUGUCUUUGGAGGGUGGCUCUGACGCGCGGAUUGCACAGGGAUGGCAGGUGAAGGGACGAUGGGAGGGUACUUUGGUCUUUGAUGCUAGGAAGAUAACACGCGCUCGGCGUUGUUCGACGGAAGAAACGCGCGUUCGGGGUUAGCCAGGUAGGGCCUGGUUGAGCUUAAUGAAAUCACGGGGCCAUUUAUGACGUUUAUUAGAUUCCGCUAAGACGUCUAUUAUUACGGUACGUAAAUAAAGGGGGAGGCUUCGCGCGCCCCUCGCCGAGGGAGACGGAGCGGAAUGCGGCGAAAAUAAUGAAAUAAAGGACAAUGAAGUGGCAGGUACAAUGGCCAAUAGGGUAUAGAACGAGAGCGAGGACGAGCAAGGCGCCAGCGGGCGGCGAGUAUACGCGGGUCCUCUUUCUCUUUCUCUCUCUCUCGCGCGCGCGCGCGCGCGCGUGGAAGGGGUGUUGCAACAAGGGGUUACAGAGCGCGCGGCGCGCUUUAGUUCGGCGGGCUAAAUGCAGUGGGCGUGUUCCCAUUACUUUCAUUAUUUUCAGUCGCCGGGGGUUCGGCGGGUAUCGAUGCCCGAAUGUGUAACCAUAGGUCGCCCCCGUCGCCGUCGGGGUUCAACGUGUGAUGCGGCCGGCGAAAGGUGGGCGACCUACGACUUCCGUCGAUAGAGGAAAUCCAUCCGGUGAAUUUGCGAGAGUCUAUGUCGACGACGAUACGUCGAUCAAUUUAAUCCGCUCGGAAAAAAGAAAAAAAAAACGGGGAGAGAGGGUGAGCGAAUUGGGUCCCGAGUCGAAGAGGCCGCGCGCGCGAGGGUGAGCCGUUAGCCUAACAAGCUGUCAAGACGUCGCCGCGUGUCAAUCCGCGGCUCUUCAACGAUCCCCGAAAUAAAGCCGCCCUGUAAAACCCUUCGGCCGUCGGUCGCGGAGGGUUUUCAGCCCGGCCGCAAAAAAAACGUUCGGAUUUCUCCUCUUUUUCUCCCUCUGCCUUCCUUUCCCACGCGAAAAUUCCUGCCUGAUCUCGCAGACGAGAGAGAGAGAGAGAGAGAUAGAGAGAGGAGGACGCGGAAGACACGUGAUACGCGUGAGGAGGCGAGGAGUGGAUACUCGGCUAUAGAGACAACGGCGUUACUGCCCACGUGCCGUUUAACUCGAUCACAGCGGCAAUCUGGCCUCGUUUCAACCUCCGGUUACUACGACGCUUCCGCUAACAAAUAACAUUGUCGUCGACCCUGCGGGGGCGUUCUGAUUCGAUUUGCGCACCGUGAAAGCGCGCUCCCCGGGAAAGGAGCGACGCGAGAGCGCGAACGCGGGAGGUGACACGCGGCUGUUGGAUGAAAGGCCCGGUCGGAAAUGCGGCCCGACGUACGUUGCCCCUCUCUCUCUCUCUCUCUCUUUCUCUCGGCGCGCUUCUAAUCAGCAAUUUCGAGAGGCGCGAUUAUUUAAAAGCUGUGCUCUACGGUCCCCACGGUCGAGCCGCUUUCUAGUACUCGCGCAAACUACAGGGCGAAGAAGACACCCCCGCAACAAUCUCUCUCUUUCUCUCUCGUCGAGAGAGAGAUCCCUAUCUACGCGGCGUGUUUAAAAAUAAUUGCCGCGGUAGAUCCGACGAUAGUCACGGAGUCGCCCUCACCUUGGCGCUUCCUGGCCUCUCGAGUGGCCCUCGUUCUACUGUAUAAAGGCAAAGACUCGCCCCCGUGUCGCGGCCCCUCGGCGAGGGCACACGCGGCCUCUUCCGCCACCGGUCGAGUGGCACCUUCCCCUCCCCCAUCUCUCAACCACUCUAUCACGACGUUUAAAGAAGUAAAGACUAAAGGUCCUUUAUACUCGUGUCGAGUGAGCACAGCCUCAAGAUGGACCCGCUCGACAGCAGUUGAGGCUGCGCUCGACGACGUCGGCGGGGAUAGGAGCGUCCGGUUUGUCGCGCGAAACAAAAAA